CGCUUCGCUUUAGUUUACGGAAGCGGGAAGCGACAGUCGCACCCUCAAACCCUCACCACUUCCACAGUGAAACAUGUUGGUGGUAGUAGUAGAAGUAACUGGCAGAUUCACCGCACGAAACCAUUGAUACCUUCUGCUAGAAAUGCGUCUUCUUUACCAUAAUAGGCUCCUUCUUAGAUUUUAUCUCCUGUCCUCAAGCAUUCGCCCCAUGAGCGCCAGAAGCUUGCGGCAUUUCACAGCUUUUUCAAAGCCGACGACUUUGUCGUCUCAAGGAGACCUUCUUCACUCCCAGAGGCUCCUAUUUUGUUUAAAACCUAGUUCGAGUAUUCGUCCGUUAUCACUCAGGACUAAUGGUUAUUCUUAUAUUUCUGAAUCUGCCGCCCCUGGGCGAGUUUUCGAGGGGAACCCAGAGGAGGAGAUGUCGGGGACGCAUUUCAAGAUUUUAAAAGUUAAAUUGCAGGAGCUUGGUAUUGAUGCUGAUUUAUGCGGACCGGGGCAAUACUACCGCUUGCUUUGUCCAAAUUGCAAUGGUGGUGAUUCAGAAGAAAGGAGCUUAUCUCUUUUCAUCACGCAAGAUGGAGGGGCUGCUUUAUGGAUGUGCUUCCGUGCAAAAUGUGGUUGGAAGGGCAGCACAAAGGCAGUUGCUGGUGGCCAGUCAUUGAAGCAUGUACCGAAAACUAAGAAAAAGAGAGAACUUUCUGAGUCAGAAUUGAUGCUAGAACCCCUUUGUGAUGAGCUGAUUGCUUAUUUCGCAGAACGUUUGAUUUCGAAGGAGACUCUACUAAGAAAUGGUGUUAGGCAGAGAAUGUUUAGCGAUCAGAUUGUUAUUGCAUUUCCAUAUCUUCGUCAAGGAGAUCUUGUUAGCUGCAAGUAUCGGGACAUCAACAAAAAAUUUUGGCAGGAAGCUGACACUGAAAAGAUAUUUUAUGGAUUGGAUGAUAUUGAAGGGCAAAGUGAUAUUAUCAUUGUUGAAGGUGAAAUGGACAAACUUGCAAUGGAAGAAGCUGGCUUUCGCAAUUGUGUGAGUGUUCCUGAUGGUGCGCCUGCAACAGUCUCCUCAAAGGAGUUGCCACCUGAGGAGAAGGACAUUAAGUAUCAAUAUCUUUGGAACUGCAAAGAUUAUAUUAAGGGGGCAUCACGCAUUAUACUUGCAACUGAUGGAGAUCUACCUGGUCAAGCCUUAGCUGAAGAACUUGCUCGUCGUAUUGGGAAAGAAAGAUGCUGGCGGGUCAAGUGGCCAAGGAAAUCUGGGUCGGUUAAUUUCAAAGAUGCAAAUGAGGUUCUCAUGUAUUUAGGUGCUGAUGCACUGAGGGAAACAAUUGAGAAUGCAGAAUUAUAUCCAAUACGUGGAUUGUUUAACUUCAGGGACUUCUUUGAUGAGAUUGAUGCAUAUUAUCAUCGAACCUUAGGUUACGAAUUUGGUAUCUCAACAGGGUGGAGUAAUCUUGAUGAUUUAUACAAUGUUGUGCCAGGGGAGUUAACUAUCGUAACAGGGGUCCCCAAUUCAGGGAAGAGUGAGUGGAUUGAUGCUCUUUUGUGUAAUCUCAAUCAAAUUGCUGGUUGGAAAUUUGCACUUUGCUCUAUGGAGAACAGGGUUAGGGAGCAUGCACGGAAACUUUUAGAAAAGCACUUAAAGAAACCUUUCUUUGAUGCACGUUAUGGCGAAUCUGUUGAACGUAUGAGUAUGGAGGAGUUUGAACAUGGGAAGACCUGGUUAAGUGAUACUUUUCAACUCAUACGGUGUGAAGAUGAUGCCCUUCCAAGUAUAAAUUGGGUUCUUGACCUUGCAAAAGUAGCCGUGCUAAGGCAUGGGGUGCGUGGACUUGUAAUUGAUCCUUAUAAUGAGCUUGACCAUCAGCGCCCUCCAAGCAUGACUGAAACUGAGUAUGUUAGUCAGAUGCUUACCAAAAUCAAACGGUUUGCCCAGCAUCAUGGAUGCCAUGUUUGGUUUGUAGCGCAUCCUAGGCAGUUACAAAAUUGGGUUGGGGGACCUCCUAAUCUCUAUGAUAUAAGUGGUAGUGCACACUUUAUAAAUAAGUGUGACAAUGGAAUUGUUAUUCAUCGAAAUCGAGAUCCUGAAGCUGGGCCUAUGGAUCAAGUACAGGUUUGUGUUCGUAAGAUAAGGAAUAAGGUUGCCGGGACAAUAGGCGAUGCCACUUUGUUGUAUGAUAGGGUAACUGGUGAGUUCACCUCUCUUGAUGAAGGGAAUACACAUCCUCAUGGUGGCCAAAAAAAUAAGCAUUCGCGCAAAAGAUAACUGUGAGCCAUAUUUUAUCGUGGGUUGUGCAAAAGAUGACAUCAAGCUAGCAUAUGAGGGUGAGUUCCUCUCUGGGAUGGUUGAAUCUGAUUGGAAAUGGUGGAUACCGUCACAAGUUGUAUCAUAUUUGACGGUAUUAUUCAUUGAUGCAGAGUCAUGAAAAUUUUGCACGCAAUAUUUUUCAAAUCACAACUCUCGGAGAUAAAUCUGAUCCUCUGUAUAUACACAUUGUAAUGACCCCAUCAUUCCAAUUUUGAUAAAUUUUGGUGCUUGAUCAUGUCAUUUUAUAUCUUAAAAAGUUCGGGCUGUAGAAAUGACUUUUUACUGAACUAGGUUCACUCAAAAUGGUUGAUAUAUUCAAAUGGAAAAUUUCCCUGCCCAUUCGGUGUCUGUUGCUGUGAAGAGAAUGUUUACUAAAUGUACAGGACAAAGUAGAAAAACCAUGAUCAAUUGAACCCCUUGAAACAUUAGGGAUAGUGUGGAAUUCCUUAAAAAUAGACUCGAACCAUCUCCUUGGCGAUGCUGUUUUCUUUGUUGUCGGCACUGUGAAUUGGGAGUCAAUGAAUUGUAUUGAUUAUCCGUAAAUCAAACAGGAGAAAGAUGGUUAUUCUAAUGGCCAUGAUGAAAUUAUGAGCUUA